AUGAUGGAACAGGACGUGGGAGACAAGGAGCAGGGACACGAUAGUACAACGCCGCCGGACAAGUGGCAACGGUGGAAGGGCAAAUCGGCAAUUUACCGGGCCCGAAUACCCUCUUUGACCCCACCACCGUCCGCUCCAUCAAACCAUAAUCCGCAUUCACAUACACCCACCUACCCCAUAUGGUGUGUCUUUCCACCUCACCAUGCUUAUACCCCUCCACACGAGUAUCCAUUAUAUACGGUAUUGGUAUCGGUUUCAAUUUUCUAUCGUCGGCUGCAUGCGCUAUCAAGGGAACGAUAA